UCAAUAAUUAAUAAUAAUUAUUUCUCUGAAGAAGUUCACGACACUCACCACUACGCCCUUCCUUCCCUCUCCAAUCAUAUUCUCUAUUUCUCUACACAUAAAUUCUCUAUCUAAAAUAUUUAAUAUUUGCUUAUUAUUUUCCUUUCUAAUUUCCCAGCGAGAGAGAAAGCAAAUGAAGUAGAAGAGUACAAGAAAGAUAUAUCUAUACUUCUAAGAAACUCUCUCUUGAUUGUAAUUUAUUUACUGUGUUUUUAAGUUAAAUAAUAAUAAUAAUUUGAUCGUCAAUACAAAAGCUCAAUUUGUCUGGAAUCUGUCUUCAAUGGCCUCUUUUUAACUGCUCUGAAUUAGAACGUGGGAGAAGGGGAAAAAAGUGGAGAUUUUCUGUAACUGAUAGUGAGAAGUAAUCAAAUGGAGCAAGAUUUGAAGGGCACAAUGUCUGGUCCAUCAAAAAUUCCAGUUGUUAAUAGUAGUAAGAAAGUGGGCACUGGAGCAUGGGGGAUCCCACUUAGAACUGAUGCAAGAUUGUUUUCUAGCUCAUUGCCUGUCCUUCCACAUGAAAAGCUGAACUUUCAUGAAUCAGAGAAUUGUGGUCGAUCUAUUGAUGAUAGCUCACCUAACUUGAAUAAACUCGACCUUGAAACUGAGGUUACAGAUCUAUUUGAAGACAUUGAACCAAGUGCAAUUGGAAAUUUGCUUCCUGAUGACGACGAACUUCUUUCUGGCAUAAUGGAUGAUUUUGAUCUUAGUGGGUUGCCUAGUCAAGUGGAGGAUUUGGAAGAAUGUGAUUUCUUUGGUCCUGGAGGGGGGAUGGAGUUGGAUUUUGAAUCCCAAGAAAGCCUUCGUAUUGGUAUGUCCAAGCUAAACAUGUCUGAUGGGAUUCCUGCAAAUGGGGUUGGUCAUUAUCCUCUUCCAAAUGGUGUGGGAACAGUGGCUGGGGAACAUCCAUAUGGGGAGCAUCCUUCAAGAACAUUAUUUGUUCGGAAUAUCAAUAGUAAUGUGGAGGACUCUGAAUUGAGAUCUCUCUUCGAGCAAUUUGGGAAUAUCAGAACAUUAUACACUGCAUGCAAGCAUAGAGGCUUUGUGAUGAUAUCUUACUAUGAUAUUCGAGAUGCUCGGACUGCAAUGCGUGCGCUACAAAAUAAGCCGUUAAGGCGGAGGAAACUGGACAUUCAUUUUUCAAUUCCCAAGGAUAACCCGUCUGAAAAGGAUAUAAAUCAAGGGACUCUUGUAGUCUUCAAUUUGGAUGCAUCUGUAUCAAAUGAUGAUCUUCGCCUAAUAUUUGGGGCUUAUGGAGAGGUCAAAGAGAUAAGAGAAACACCACACAAGCGGCACCAUAAAUUCAUUGAAUUUUAUGAUGUUAGAGCUGCAGAGGCAGCUCUGAGAGCAUUAAAUAAGAGUGACAUUGCUGGAAAGCGCAUUAAGCUUGAACCUAGCCGCCCCGGUGGAGCCCGUAGAAACAUGAUGCAGCAAAUAAGUCAAGAGCUGGAACAAGAUGAAGUUCGAAGUUUUCGACAUCAAGUAGGCUCACCAGUGGGGAACUCUCCUCCAGGUGCCUGGCUUGGUAGCCCAGUUGAACACAAUCCAUUGCAUGGUUUUAGCAAGUCCCCAGGUCUUGGAACUUUAAGCCCUGUAAAUGGAAAUAAUUUGCCUGGCUUGGCUUCAAUUCUCCCCCCUCAUGUCUCUAACCCUGCAAAGAUUGCCCCAAUUGGCAAGGACCAUGGAAGGGCUAACCAUGCAAACCAGAUGGUUACCAACUCUGGAUCAAUGCAAGGAGCACCCUAUCAACAUUCUUGUUCAUUCACCGACCAGAAAUUGAGCACCAGUCCUGUUCCAACAUCAAAUUCAUCUGGUAUAGGCACAUUGACUGGUCCUCAGUUUCUCUGGGGAAGUUCUGCUGCAUGGCCGACAUCAUCUGUUGGAAAUGCAUUUCCAUCACGUGGGCAAGGACAGGGUUUUCCAUACACCAGUAGGCAUGGAUCUCUUCUUGGUUCACAUCACCAUCACGUUGGAUCUGCUCCAUCUGGUCUUCCUCUUGAUAGGCAUUUUGGCUUCUUCCCGGAAUCACCAGAAACAUCUUUCAUGAACCAAGUUGCACUGGGGGGCAUGGGUUUAAAUCGCAACACUGGAAAUUAUAUGAUGAACAUGGGUGGCCGUGCAGCUGUGGGUGCUGGCAUCGGACUUCCAGGUCCCCUGACUGAAAAUGGUUCACCUAGUUACCGGGUGAUGUCAUUGCCUAGGCACAAUCCUAUGUUUAUGGGGGCUGGUUCUUAUUCAGGACCAGUGACAAUCGGCAACGAGGGAUUUGUUGAACGUGUUCGAAGUCGGCGGGUAGAGAAUAAUGGGAGCCAGAUAGAUUGCAAGAAGCAGUAUCAGCUUGAUUUGGAAAAAAUCAUUAGCGGGGAAGAUACUAGGACAACUUUAAUGAUUAAAAACAUCCCUAACAAGUACACUUCAAAGAUGCUGCUGGCUGCUAUUGAUGAGAUUCACCGCGGUACUUAUGACUUUCUCUAUCUUCCCAUUGAUUUUAAGAAUAAAUGCAAUGUGGGUUAUGCCUUCAUCAAUAUGGUGUCUCCCUCACACAUCAUUUCCUUCUAUGAGGCAUUUAAUGGGAAGAGGUGGGAGAAGUUUAAUAGUGAAAAAGUUGCUUCACUGGCAUAUGCUCGAAUUCAGGGCAAGGGUGCCCUCGUGACACACUUUCAGAAUUCAAGCUUAAUGAAUGAAGAUAAGCGAUGCCGCCCAAUUCUCUUCCACUCCGAGGGCCAAGAGGCUGCUGAUCAGGAACCUUUCCUAUCUGGUAAUUUAAACAUUUGUAUCCGUCAGCCUGAUGGAUCUUAUUUUGGGGAUUCGUUUGACAGCCCAGAGGACAGUCUGGAUGAGAAAGCGGAGAAGAAUUAACAGCCUAAACUUGCUCUUGGCCUUGAAUGGUGGUCAGGAGUGCUAACCAUUGUGUAGGCAUUUUGAAUGUAUAAAUUUGGAAGAGAAACUAAAGAGUGGGUACGAUAUUGGUUGAGUGAUGAGCAGUCUCCACUUUUGCGCCAUGGAUACUGCAUAAUAUCUCACAGUUGGCAGAGGGCAUUUUGUUCAGAUGUAGAGCAACGCAUUUGUGUUAUUUAACCAAGGGUGAGAAUAAGGCAUAACAUAUUUUGCUGAGAAGUGAAGUGUCCACCAUGAAGGCAUUUCUCACUGAUCUGUACAUGGGAACUCCUGUUGAGUUUUUGUACCAGGUUCUGGAGUCCGUUUGCAAAUAUGUCAAAACAUGUUUUUAUGCACAUAUGUUAAUUGGAUAAUCUGGGAUUAAGGGCUGUUAUAAGUUGUAUAGAAUGGAAGAUGAACAGACCCUGGAUCCGAUUCAUCCUGUCUUGUUAUGUUUUCGCCGAAAAAACUCGUCAAUGUGUAUAUGCUUGUACAGUCGUCCAACCCUCUCACCGAGCGUGGGUAAUGCUUUUCUUUUAAAAAAAUUAUCCUUUCAGUUUGCCAA